AUGAUGGAUUUUGAUGAGCGUGUUCCUUGUUCCUCUAACAUGUAUUUGCCAAGUUGUACUUACUACGUCUCGGGUCCUGAUUUUUCCAGCCUCCCUUCUUUUUUGCCCCAAACCCCGUCUUCUCGCCCUAUGACAUACUCCUACUCCUCCAACCUACCCCAGGUCCAACCUGUGAGAGAAGUUACCUUCAGGGAAUAUGCCAUUGAUCCCUCCAGUAAAUGGCACCCCAGGAACAAUCUGCCCCACUGCUACUCCGCAGAGGAGAUCAUGCACAGAGACUGCCUGCCUGCCACCAACACUGCUAGCAUGGGCGAGAUGUUCGGCAAAAACACAGCUAACGUCUACCACCCCAGCACCAACGUCUCCUCCAAUUUCUAUAGCACGGUGGGCAGGAACGGGGUCCUGCCCCAGGCUUUCGACCAAUUUUUCGAGACGGCUUAUGGCACGGCGGAAAACCUGGCCUCGGCGGACUACCCGGUAGACAAGAGUGGCGAGAAGGCGCCCGCGGCCGCCGGGGCGGCGGCGGCGGCAACUUCAAGUUCGGAGGGCGGCUGCGGCAGGGCGGCGGCGGCGGCGGCGGAGAAGGAGAGGAGGAGGCGGCCGGAGAGCAGCAGCAGCCCCGAGUCAUCUUCCGGCAACAAUGAGGAGAAAUCCGGCAGUUCCAGUGGACAACGUACGCGUAAAAAGAGAUGCCCAUACACCAAAUACCAGAUUAGAGAGUUAGAAAGGGAAUUCUUCUUCAGUGUCUACAUAAACAAAGAGAAACGCCUCCAGCUCUCCCGAAUGCUCAAUCUGACCGACCGUCAAGUCAAAAUAUGGUUUCAGAACAGAAGAAUGAAAGAAAAAAAAAUUAACAGGGACCGAUUACAAUAUUACUCAGCUAAUCCACUACUUUAA